UGGUAACGGAGAAGAUUGGGACUCAAAUCUAGUGUAUUGUCUUUCGUUUUAUCGCAAAUUAUCGCAAGGAAGUUAGUAGUCAAUAAUUCUUCAAUCUCAUAACAACCCGUCGUAUAUGGAUACGAAGACAAGGAGGAGGAGGAGGAACAACUUGGGGAUGGCAACAUCGGUUGUCGCCGCUGGCGAACCAUCAUCACCUGAUCAAUUCGCGAAGCUGCCGGAUGAAUUAGCGGUGGAGAUCCUUUCCAGGUCGACGAUGACGCUGAACGAAGCGGCGAGAUACAGCCUGUUGGGGAAACGGUGGAGGCACCUGUGGCAAUCGAUCGACGGCGGGGUUCUGGAUUUCAACCAGAAGAGCAACGAUGAGCAACAAGGGAAUGACAGAAAUCACAUCUCCCACGAGGAACGGCGCCGGUUUGCGGACUGGGUCGAUCAAGCCAUCAGUAGAAUCACUGCUACUACCUUGGACGGAUUGAGAAUCGGGUUCAAUCUCUUCGAGAUGGAAGAGGAAGCCCGGAGAUGGAUCCAAUUCGGAUUCGCGGCGAGAGUCAAGCAAUUGACCCUGUCGUGUUACUUCGUCCAUCAGUCCGGAGAGGCACACCUUGGGGUUUCGGGAUCUCUGUUCUUGGCCCCUGAAUUCCUCCGCCGGCAAGACCUCGGCCGCCUCGAGGUUUUGGAAUUCCAGGGCGUGGCCAAGAUUCCUCAGGGAGCGUUGGAUCACAUCUUCUCAAACUGCCCCAACCUGCAACGCUUGUCUCUCACCAACUGCAUUUUCCAUGAAGAAGGGACUGUCGUCAGAGUUUGUUCUCCCAAGCUCCAGAGGUUGACAUUUCAUUUUCCCCAAUAUUUUCACUUUCUCGCUAGGAUCGUGCUCCUCUCUGCUCCGGGUCUUCACACUCUGGAGGUGGGUGGAGGACCAUGGCUCCCAACGAUGGAAUUUGGGGACGAUAUUCCUCUGCUUCGGGAGCUAUGUUGUUAUAAUCGGGGGCUAUUGAUAGAGCAACGCUGCUACUUCCCGUGGUCUCGUUCUCAAUUCGACAAGUUUGCUCCUCGACUGCAGAUUCUUAAGUACGAACUAUCUAGUCUAUGCUUCCCUCCUCUACGUCCUUAUCACCUGCAGGAAUGGGUCCUUUUCGAAAAGCUCACAGUGCUGGAUCUGCGUAUGUAUAUGGACAAUAACGCUUCGAGUCUUCUUCACUGCACCGGCCUGCUGAGAGCAGCUCCAAUGUUGCGCCGAUUCUCCAUGUCGUUCCUGCCAGCUGGUUGCCACCGAUUUCGUGAGCACCGGGGCCAGAGUGCACAUGAAUUGUCAACAUGGAAACAUCACUCUCUGCAGGAGCUUCACUUACAUGGGGUGCAUCCAUUGGCCAAGAAGGAGCAGCAAGUUUUUGACCCUCACCUACUCCAACUCGAGCUUGCUGCUUACAUAAUCAUCAACUCGCCUUCAUUAAACCAGCCUUCUGCCUUUAACCAUCAUGAAUUAUCCAUCCAAAAAAACAUGACUGGUGACACAAUGGAGAUAAGAUCACAGAGAGCACAGCUGUACAGGAAUGGAACAGCGUCGAUGGCAAGAAAAAUGAUGAUUUCCGGUGACGACAAUGAUGCUGAAUAAUAUAUACCCAUGAGGUGGAGCUGGAAUUGUUUGCAGCUGUAUGACGAUGAUUUGGAUCAAUGCCGUUGGUGGUUAGGCAGUGAUCAUUCAACCAGCGGAAAGCAAAGGUUAACUAUCUGAAUCUCAAAGUCCCUGUUUUUCUUAUUCUUCCAUUGGAUUGGAAGUAGACAAGACCUUCAUUUUAAUGCUAGGACAUCCAGCUCAUUUUCAACGAUAGAACUAUGCAAACAGAUAUCCAACAUCUACAACUAUAGUUUAACCUUAUGACAUUAACCAUCUUAUGGGGCAAGUUCACCAGACUGAACGGAGCCAAGCCAGAAGAUGGAAUGUACUCAAAAUCAACUGCAUCCAAAUCCACACUGCACGUCCUUAGUCUUGCUGAAAAGAUUCAGCUCCCAACUUCUCACAGGCUUUCACUUUCUUCCACUUUCCCUACUGCUACGUGUCUUUUGGUAUUCAGAAACCUCUCUAAAAUGUCCACUUGAUUCAUUUACUCCAUCCUGAAUGAUUCAUCCACAGACUUCAAUUUGAAAACCCAACAUUUCCGAGCUCUGUUCUCCUCUGCUUGUAUGCAUGUGCUUUUGGCAGUGUUUUAUUGUUCAUAUAAGAUGGAACUUAAUUUGUAGAGCCUUUUGUUUGUGUUCCCCCAGGCUGCUAUCUAACAGUUGGUUUUCAGUGUCCAACCUGCACUAAUAAGCCAUUGCGAGUUUAAUGCUCUGCUAAAGGGUAACUGAUUUUCACCUUCAAACCUUUACAAUUGACGUGUAAUACUCAAGGACAGUUCCAACUUGAUAGAAAUAUGUGGGCUCUAAUGGUUCUUAGUGCAAACUGCUUGAACUUCAUGUGCCAUUCAGGCUAGGACACCAUACAUCUUAGCGACGAAACCUGUCAACUAGUUUGGCAUAGUAGCUAUUUUCAUGUUGCUGCAGAUUCUUCUGCACUUUCCUUAACAAUAACAUGUGGCCUUCUCCGAUGUAUUAUGCUCGAACAUAUUAUUUGCGAGCCUGGGUUAUACCAUUAUUACCUUCCGAGGAGCCUCAACUUGGUUCUCGUAUCAGUCUUCUUUACUUUGUUGGUUCGACCGCAGGUUAAGACAGAUAGAUAAGAGGAUUUGGGCUAGUUAGAGGUUUUACCAUACAAAUGCCACACAUCAUUGCCACUCUUUGAAUUUGUUGAUGAUCACAUAAUCACAUUCAAGAAUAGAUGAAAAAACCGUCGAUGCAGAU